AUGUUCUCGUCCUCGUCCAGAAACUCUCUGCUAUCGCCCAGGUUGUCCAUGGAGCAGUCGGACUCUGAAGCGUUGGACAUCAGCACUAAGGUGCAGCUGCACGGGGUUCUGUGGAAGAGGCCCUUCGGACGGCCGUCGGCCAAGUGGUCCCGCAGAUUCUUCAUCAUCAAAGACAGCUUCUUGCUCUACUAUGCGGAGAGCGAGAGGAGAAGCUUUGAGAGCAACAGGUACUUCAACAUCCACCCCAAGGGAGUCAUUCCUUUGGGAGGAUGUGUGGUGUCGUCUAAUGAAAACAUGGGCAUGCCCUUUGCCAUCGUGGUCAACCUGGAGGACUUCACUGGCACCAUCGUCCUGGCUGCUGAGUCUGGGGAGGAGCAGGUCCAGUGGAUGGAGAUGCUGCAGGAGUCAGGGAAAGUGACGUGGAGGAACGCUCAGCUGGGUGAAGCCAUGAUCGAGAGUCUGGAGGCUCAGGGGCUGCAGCUGGCCAAGGAGAAGCAGGAGUACCUGGAUAAACUGAUGGAAGAGACUGAGGAGCUCAGUCAUCAGAGGGCUGAAAGAGAGGAGCUGGAGCGUCUGAACCAGGUCCUGGAGGAGGAGAAGAUGAAGUUUGAGGAGGUGGUGGUGGAGCUGAAGGCGGAGCAGGAGCAUAUCAAAUUAGACCUGGACGGCACGGCUCAGUCCCUGAAAGGUGUUGAGACUGAAAAUGAAGAGCUGAGCAAUUUAACCGUCCUGCUGCAGAAAUCCAUCGAGGAGCUCUCUCAGGAAAAACAGAGAACUCUGGAGCUGCUGGGGGUGAAGGAGCAGAAGGAGACGGAGACGGCGGAGGAGAGCUCCGCCUGCAGGGAGUCUAAGGACGACGAGGAACCCGCAGACCUGGACCUGCUGCAGGACCUGAAACACAUCGAGGAGCAGAUGAAGAUCCUGCUGAGGGAGAAGGAGCAGGCUGACGACAAGCUCAGGGAGAACGACCAGCGGGCUCAAGUCCUGCAGCAGGAGAGGGAGUACUACUCUACUCAGGCUCAGACGCUGCAGCAGUCGCUCUCUCAGCUCACUGUGGACAAACAGCAGACCGAGGUUGAGCUCAAGGCGGAGAUAGAGUCUCGGGUGGAGCUGGAGCAGAGACUGAAGCAGGCUGAACAGGCUCUGCAGGACCUGGAGAAAGGCCUGGACUCACUGGAGCGGACCAAAGAGACCGACGAGAAGAUGAAGGGCGGCGUGAGUCACCUGAGGAGAUUCUUUGAGGAGUGUAUCUGUGCAGCGGAGAUCGAGGCGAAGCUUCCGUCGAUAAUGAAGAACGCCGUGUAUCUGCACAAAGCUGCUGCACGCAGGAUCAAGAGCUGCCGGAUCCAGAGGAGAGCCUCCAGACGCCACUGGUGUAAGUCUGAGCUAAAACAAUCCAAGUCUUUUGCUGUAUCCAGUGCCGAUGGCGGAAGCAUGGAGGAGCUUCGGGAGACGGCCCGACGACUUACCUCUGACAGUAGCUUCAGAGAGAGCGUGUACAAGAUCAUUACACGUAAGGACGCUACGAACAAAACAGAGGACUGAAAGGAGAGUUGCCGAUGUUAAGGUGGAGAAAUGGUCCUUAGCUUUAUUACAGUCCACACAGUGAGUGAUUUAGAGAUCCUGAUCUGAAACCCACUAUUACAAUACUGUCGAUGAAUGUACACAGAAAUCUGUUAAAUGUCAUCUAUUGUGGUGGUUCCUUACAGCCCUUUUCCAUCAAACCGUUCCAGGAACUAUGGAGCCAAAAUAACUAAAUUUAGGAACUGAACGUUUCUGUUUGUUUCUAUUGAACCUGAAAAAACCUGAAUAGUUAUUAUUAUAAGUGUAAACUACAUUAAUGUUAGGAACAGCUGUUCUCUUAUUGAACAUUGCACUACAGUUGUGGGACUCUAGGCUCCACCUGAUAAGAUGAGUUGUGAUGUUACUAUUCCUAUGCAACAGUUGGCACACACAAUGCAAAUCCAUCUUGUAAAAUCGUUUUUAUUGUCCUGAAAUGAUUGUUUGCACAGAUUGUGUCCUUUACAUCAACAGAGGCUUUAUGAAAACUCACAGAUUUUUGUUAAAUUGACCUUCACCAUUUCAUUAUUGCUACAAAUUAAAAUCUGUCCAUGACGAAGCAACUCAAGUAGUAAUUCACUGACGAAAGCCUUUUAGGAUAUUGUACAAAUUAUAACUUAACACCUGAAAUUAUACAGAAAAGAAGCCCACAUGUUGGGGCAAGGAAAGAGGGUUUAUAUGGACUGAACA